UUUUUAUUUUCAAACGUUUUAUUUUUAUAUUUAAAAACAUCUCCUAUGACGUCAUUGUUAUUUCCAUCAUGGCGGACAUUUACGUCGGACAAAAUAUUUUUCAUUGUUUUGUUUGAUUUCCGUACAUUGUAUAAAUUUAAACGGGCUACAGUGUGCUACUAGGUGUAGGGCAAGCUGCAGGAUGGGUGGUGAGACCGCAGCAAAGAAUGACUGCAGUGACUCCCACCUACAAACUGCCUUCAACAAGCUCAUUGUUGACAAUCAAUGGUCUUUAGAUCAGUCUGCAAGCAAUGUGAAGAAUGUGAAUGACCUUUGGGCAGGAUCAAGCGCACCAACCAGUAAGAAACCUCAGAGGCUGUGUGAACGGAAGGGGGCAAACAGCUCAGCAAGGAGAAUGGAACCAUACCCUCAAGAUUUUCUUUGCUCAAUUGAGAAACUGUCUUUCCAUGCUGAAGACUGUAAAAAAAAAUCGUGUAGAUGUAGUGAGCUUCGCUUGAAGUCCAGAAAACACUUCAACUAUGCAAACUCAUCAGUGCAUCAUAGACCCAUUAUACGAGAAGCAAAACUCAAGCUUCAUCACUCAGAUAAAGACACUAAACAACUCAUUCGGGCAGCUAGGUUGAAAAUAUUUAAGAAAGGAAAGCAAUCUGAGGAGAGGAAACAACUUGCCAAGUCAACUUUGUCCAAAGAUCCUGUCAAACCAUUUUCACCACCAUCACCCAGUUGUGAACCCAGUGUUUUAUUCGGUGCUAAGUCCAGUGCUAAUAGUCAGGAUUUUGGCUCAUUGUUUAAUGGUUCUAGUGGAGCUAACAAAUCAAAUGACACCUUCAAAUUCUCUGAUUACAGAUCUCAAUCACACAAAAGAACAAGAGAUCAGGCAUACAUUGAUUCCCCAAAUAGGAAUAGUUACAUUGAUUGUGGUCAAGAAAUGCGGAACCAUGAAGGUGCUGCAAUUGAGGACACAAGUGUUGAUGAGUUGGCUGGAUACUUCGAAGACUAUGUUCAUAUUCCCAAGAAAAUGUCCUCGAUGGCUGAAAUGAUGUACACCUGAGUUCAGUCUGAUUUUGAAAUGAUGGGAAAGUUAUCGAAGUAUCUGCUGAAUGUUAGGUUAAUUGUUACUUACAUUAUGUUGACUGCUUUCUCUUGUCAGAAUACCAGGUGUUUUGUUUGUAUUGCUGAAUUAUUUUAUUAAUUUGGUUUUGUUUUGUUUUUUCUAUCGGUCAAUGUGAAACACAUAGGUACCCCAAGUCCCUCUAAUACCUUUCAAACUAAAGACUUAAUUCUCAUUAUUUUGUCAUUAUGUCAUCCUUCAUUUGAUAUAAGAGUUAUAAUAUAUGUUUUUUUCAUCUUUAACAGAAAAAUAUACUGAUGAUAUUUUUAUUAUAAUUAACGAAAUUUAAGUUAUCCACAUACAAUUUAAUGGCUUUACACACAUAUAUGAUUAUCAUAGCAAAAAUAUCAUUAUUUUUCCAAAUAGCGCCUUUAGUUUUGUUUUUAAAAAACUGGUUGGAGUCCCAUGCAAUAUUGGUGUUUGUGAUAUUCUAUUGUGAGUAGCUGUCCGGUACAGUUUUUAGUAGGUACAUUGUUUACCUAAGUUCAGUGUUUACGUUCUGUGAUCGAGUCUCUAGUGAAAUGUUUUAAUCUGUUGAUAUGGAAUGUUCUUGAAUUAUAUUAUUUCGUAGCAGUGAAAAAAUCUGGUAGACUUUUAUGUAUUAUUUAUACCAGAAUUGACUAGAUCAUUUUCUUGUUCUUCAAAACCACAUAAAAUUUAAAUCUCUUUUUGAAACUUGCCCCAUUGGCCAUUAAUUUUACCUGAAUGGAUGUCGAAAUUUGUAUUUCCUCAACUUGAAAUUACUAUUUUCAUAUGAAACACAUGUAAAUAAAUUGCUGUUUUAUUAUGA